AUGUCAUCGGAAAACAUCAAUGUCAAAUCCACAGAUUUAGACGACGAGACAAAAACACACAUUGUCGAUAUUUUAUCAUCCCUGUAUAAUGAACAUAAAACACAGCCAAGUCAAUUAGCCACUGCGAUAAAAACCAAGUUGGACGAGGAGUUGGGUUCUCCUUGGCAUGUUAUAGUAGGCAAAUCAUUUUGUUCAAGCAUUUCUCAUGAACCAAAAGGUUUCAUCUAUCUGUACAUUGAAAACUAUGCAAUACUAUGCUUCAAAACAGCUUAA